GACUGAAACGAAACAGAAAUGCCGAUGUCCGGGAGGGUCCGUCGCCUCCUGCUGGCUGGGACCUGUCUCUGUGUUUGCGGGACCCCCGUCCACCUCCCCAACUCCCCCCCCGCGACGGACGGCUCGGUCGCAACCUCCAGGUCAAUUCCCCGCGCGGAUGUGGAGUCCCCGAGCGCAGGACGCGUGACGGGCCCGGUGUUGGGUGUAAGUGCGGUGGGAGGGGCCGGCCCGCGUGGACGACCCGAGGGGACGGAUCCCGUGACGCAGACGGGAAGCGGGGACGGCCUCGGGGGAGGAUCGGGGCCGGGUGAGGCCGGCGGAGACGCACCGAGCCACAGCAGCCGGGCGAAGACGUCGGCGAGCUUGUCCGAGAUGGGACACGCGCAGGGACAGACAGGUCCGGUGCCGUCCGUUGAUCCGGACGGAAGACGGGAGGACGCAGCUGUCUUCAAUCAGCCUGUGUCCGGUCCUGCAGGGGGGAGGAGGCUGUUGGACACGGCCUCCUCGCUGGAGCCCCCACAGCUGAGCUCCACCGCCGGGGAGGCCGGAGACCAAAGGGAGGCGGACCGGGCCAAACGAGACCCAGAAGCAAGCUCGCCGUCCACCUCAGAAUCCCCUAAUCCCGGCGCGUCGUCCCAGAGAGACGCCUCCGUCAGCUGCAUCCCUCCCUCGGUCUCCCCUCGGACCUCCACCCAUUUGUCGAUUUGGGGCCGCGAUGAAACCAUGUCCUCCCUCCCAGACCCCAUCAGAGAAGACGGACCAGGGAGCCUGUGGACGGAGGCGUCUCGGCCCGGUGGGGGGGACACCGCGGCGCCGCCGUCUCAGGACGAGGCCACGGAGGGCACCAUGUCGUCGGAGGCCCUGCCUCUCAUCUUCGAGCCGUUCGAAGACGUCACGACCGAGGCGGUCGCGCCGGCGCCCGGCAGCGCCCGGCCUCCCGCCGCCGCCGCCGCCGCAACGGGCCCCUCGGACGCGCCUUCCCUGCUGAUGCCGGACUGGACGUCGCCGUGGCAGACGUCUGGCGGGGAGCUCCUGGAGCCGCAGCCUCACGCCGGGGCGGAGGAUCCCUCUGAGAGAGGUGCAGCAGGGACACCGGACCCCGAGGAGCGCCUCCUUGCCACUGGCCCCUCCCUCUCAUCCUUUCGGCGCGCUAUGACAACGGUAACCAUGGCGACCCGUCGGCCAGCGCACAAAUCCAGAUCUGGGCUGGAGGAGAUGGAGUCCGAGGAGGAGCCGGAUGAAGACGAGGACGACGAGAACUCCGAGGACUCUGUGGAGGACGACAGCGAGGAGGACCUAACGGAGACACCGAAAACGCCGUCUACUCGGCCUCCGUACAGCCUCAUCCCUCCGCCUCCCGUCUGGUUCCAACGCAACCAGGGGCUGAUGAGGAGCUGGGUGGAGCUCAUCAGGGAAAAGGCGGGCUACGUGUCCGGGAUGUUGGUCCCCGUGGGCAUCGGCAUCACGGGGGCCCUGCUGAUCGUCGGCGCCCUCUACAGCAUCCGCGUGAUUCACCGCAAGAGGAGGAACAGCUUCAAACACCAGCGGAGGAAGGUCCGGCAGCACGAGCAACCCCUCGAGCCCGGGACGGACCCCCAGGGCCUGGCACAGUUGGUGCGCGGAUCGCAGAGAGGACAGUUUUUGCCUGCCGGGCGCGGGGGACUUGGGCGGGCCACGCCCCAUGGAUAG